AUGGAGGCGGGGUGCUCGGGCGCGCUGCCGGCGGGGUCGGGGGGGCCGCGCCCCCAUCUAGCCGCCCUGGUGCUGGCCCGCGGGGGCAGCAAGGGGAUCCCGCUGAAGAACAUCAAGCUGCUGGCGGGGGUGCCGCUCAUCGGCUGGGUGCUGCGCGCCGCCAGCGACGCCGGCGUCUUCCACAGUGUAUGGGUUUCUACAGACCAUGAUGAAAUUGAGAAGGUUGCAAAGCAGUUUGGCGCUCAAGUUCAUCGCAGAAGCCCUGAAGUUUCUCAAGACUCCUCAACUUCUCUAGAAGCUAUCAGAGAGUUUCUUAAUCAUCAUCCUGAGGUUGAUAUUGUAGGAAAUAUUCAAGCAACAUCUCCCUGUUUACAUCCCAGUGAUCUUAUAAAAGUGGCAGAUCUGAUCCAGAAGGAGGGGUUUGAUUCUGUCUUCUCUGUUGUGAGACGGCAUCAAUUUAGAUGGAGCGAGGUGAAAAAAGGAGAAAACAAGAUGACAGAGCCCCAAAACCUGAAUCCAGCAAAACGAUACCGGAGGCAAGAUUGGCCUGGGGAACUUUAUGAAAAUGGCUCAUUUUAUUUUGCCAAGAGGCAUUUGAUUGAGAAAGGCUACUUGCAGGGUGGUAAAAUGGCCUACUAUGAAAUGCGUGCAGAGCACAGUGUGGAUAUUGAUAUAGACAUCGAUUGGCCUAUUGCAGAGCAGAGAGUAUUGAGCUUUGGAUAUUUUGGCAAAGAGCCCUUAAAAGAGGUGAAGCUAUUGGUUUGCAGUAUGGAUGGAUGCCUGACAAAUGGUCGCAUUUAUGUGACAGAAGAUGGGAAGGAAAUGGUCUCCUAUGAUUAUAGAGAUCUUGUUGGUAUCGAUCUAUUAAAGAAAAGAGGGAUCCAGGUUCGACUCCUCUCUGAAAGAGAUUGUUCAAAAACUCUGUCAGCCAUGCAACUGGGAUGCGUAGCAAAAGUUAGCACAACAAAUAAAUUACAAGUCCUGGAGGAUUGGCAAAAAGACAUGGGUUUGAGCUGGAAAGAAGUCGCUUACUUGGGAAAUGAAGAGUCUGACGUGGAAUGCUUGAAGAAAGCUGGCAUGAGUGGUGUGCCCGCUGACGCCUGUACAGUUGCUCAGAAGGCUGCUGGUUAUAUUUGUAAAAGCAAUGGUGGCUGUGGAGCCAUCCGGGAGUUUGCAGAACACAUCUUCCUCUUGUUAGAAAAAGUGAACUCUGCAAGAAAGCAAAUGGAAGAAACCAGUUCAGCAGGAAAGAAAACGGAGGGAAAUGAGAACGGCAGAAGAGGAAAUAAGGAACUCAUGAAAAAAGUGUAACGCGGUUGGUCAGUCCUGCUGUUCUUCUCUUCUCCCUCUGCCAGUAAGUCUGUGUCCCAAAGAAUAGCUUAUCUUUUAAGUUUUACAUUGCAGUAGAGUUAAAAAGGUGUUUUCCUCUAAUUUAACAUCCCACUUUGAUUAAGUGCUGAUAUUCACGAUUGUAUGCUGAUAAUCAUGAAUAUGAUCAUGAUUAUUUUAAAAGCCGUCUAAACACAAUGGAAGGAAUGCUACAAAAGGUAGUGUCCUGUAAAUCUACUCUUAAUCAUUACACCUGUCCUACAGGAAUGAUGUUUCUUGAUUUGAUAAUUGGAAUAUUUUCAGGGAUCAGUAAUUUUGCAUGAUUCGAAGAUUUGUAAUUCAGACUUUCAAAAAAAAAAAAUACUCUGUCAAUUUUGCUUAUUUGGUUUACAUUUCCUGUAUCAGAUGUCAGCAUGAUGUUGUAGUUGGGUGCUAGCUUUUUACAGGAUUUGUCCCUAGUAAGGAAGAGUUUUAGCAUAUGCUGGAGAUGUCAGGUAUAAAAUAACUAUUAAACUUCUUCCAGUAUUUUUAAAAGACAGCUAGCUCAGUUACUGUAAAGCCAGUUGAUAUUAGUACAAGUUAAGAAAAGCACUUAAGCAUGUGGUCAAUUUUAAGCUCAUAAAUAAUUAAAUGGCAUCUGAAAUUGUGCCUCUUUGAAUCUGUUUAUAUUGGGUUUUAUUAAAGUGCUUAAAUUAACAUACCCAAAUGCUUUGCCAUAUUUGACAACUUUACUUAGCAGAAACUCUGUUUCUUUCUAUGAAGGCUUUAUUACAACAACUAAUAAGUUAAAAAAAAAAAUUAAAAUCUCUCAUAUUUAUUGUAUGGAAAAGUAGCUACUGUUGAAAACAACAAAAUGUAGUUGUUGAUUGUGGGUUUAUAUAAAAUAUACAUUCAGAUUAUUUUUAGCAUGUUAAUUUACAGCUGAUGUAUAUGUGUGUUUGUAUUUAUGGAAAAUACAAUUUUUACCGUGUCUUGAUUUAAAAAAUUCAGUAUCUGUAAAAUUUUUUAAAACUGACAUGAAAAAUAUACAUUGGUUUUCGAUCCCAGUAUUUCUCAGUGAGUCAAGUUCUGCGUUGGGUUAUGCUAAAAAAUAAAAAAAUACCUGUGGCAUACAGGUAAUGAAUACAGAGGUGAAUAAUAAUGCUUUGUCAUUUUAUUUUGUCUCUCUGCUCAAUAGACACUCCCAGUAGAAUCUCACCUGGUGUAUUGCCCUCUGAUAAAGUUUUUGUUUAGUACUUGGUACACAGGUGAUUACUACUGAGCUGAACAAUAAUGGCUUGUCAUUUUAUUUUGUUUCUCUGCUAAACAGACACUCCCAAUGUAAUAUCACCCGAUAUCACUCCUUUAUGACUUUGUGUUUGCUUCCUUUUCCAAAGCAAAAUUUAAAACUGGAAUUAUUUUACCGCCCAUGUACAGUAAUAAGGUUAACUGGUGAAUAGUUUACUGUACUAAUCAGCUCUAAUCAAUUGUUUGAGUAUUUCCUUUCAGUGAGGUUUUAGGGUUCUGUGCUAGAUAAGUCCCAUGGACUUUGGUAACAGGAGAGCCACAUUUUGGAGAGAGCUACAGACUUUGAUAUAAGUAGAUUAAUUAUUUUAGUUAUAUAGUCUAUGUGGUAAAGCUUCAGAAGUCCAGAUUGGAUGAACAAUUCAGGUUUGAUUGUGUCAUGUAGAGUAAAAAGGCCACGUUUUUGGUUACUUCACUUAGUCAUCAUCAAGGAAUUUGCUGACUUUGAUUUUAAGAACAGUUUCCUGUAAGUAGAUUAGGUUAAAUAAGGUGACUGUGAUGAACUUGAUUUCCAUUCCUUUUAUGUUAGAGAAAGCAAAAAUAUGGGUAAGUGCAAUUACAAUAGCAACAUGAGUUGGCAGUACUGUUUGUAGCUUAUUGUUUCAAUCAAGAACUCUUCUAAUGUUUCACCUGCUUCCUGAAUGUGCUGCAUGUACAUUGGGUCUCUGCCCAAAAUUUCUGCAUGUAUCAAAAAUAUAGGCAGAAGCACUUCUGUGAGCAUUGGUAACAAGCAGAAAGGAAUGGUAGCUGAUACGUUAAGUCUUUUCCCUUUGACAGAUUCUUAUUUAGAAAAGCAUGGUAUAAUCUUAAAUUGGAUAUAUAGGAAGCAUAUGAGGGAUAAAAGAGCUCUAGAGACUGUUUAUUAUUAUUUAGAGACUUUAAUUAUUUAGAGACUAUUAUUAUUUAGAGACUUUAAAUGAAGCCUGUUUGAGGAUAUGAGAGAUGCAUGAAAGGUUCAGCUUUGUAUUGCCUAAAGCUCAAGGGAACACCUAACUAUAAAGUAGAGUAACAUGAGGGAUGUCUUGAUUUUAUAGAAGAUCCUCAGUCAUAUGAAGGAUUUAGGGGUCACAGGGGCAGAGAUAACGAGGAUAACUAACAGUUACCUUAAAGGAGAAAUCCUAGGUCCCUGGCAAACUUCAAAAGUGUAGUAUCUUUGACCAAUACCUUUUGUUUCAGUACAUACCCUGGCACCAUGAUUGCCUUUCAUUGGAGGUGUUUAGUUCACUCAAACUAGAUUUCAGUGGUUGUUUUUGUUAUACUGAGCUAAUUUUGGAAUGUGAGCGCUUAUUUUUUUACUUUAAACUGCCAAGUAUACUCCAGAAAAGAUCUUAGAUAAUGUGGGCUAUUUUAUCAUAAUUUUGUCAAACUGAAAGAAGGAAACUAUGUAAUAAUUUUUAAUAAGCUGUUAUGAAAAAAGAGCUGAUUACCUGAAAUUUGAAAUAAAGUUUUAAAUAAAACUUCUGAGUAGAGAAUGGU